CUCGAGCUAUGGCAACACGCAUUCUCCACCGAUCGACCACUUCACGCUUCUCUCUUCCCGUCCAAUUAAUCUUAGUCGAGCUAGCAAGCUAGCUUCGAAAAAAUGGCGGCUAUUCCUGCAAAUCUGAUGGUUUGUGCAUUGCUGCUCCUCGCUGUGGGGUGCCAGGCCAGCCCAUUCUGGCCACUGCAGAUCGGGUUCUACCACGACAAGUGCCCCCAGGCGGAGGCCGUUGUCAAGGGCGUCAUGGAGAAGGCCAUCUCCAAGAACCCCGGCAAUGGCGCCGCCAUGAUCCGCAUGCUCUUCCACGACUGCUUCGUCGAGGGAUGUGAUGCGUCCGUCCUCCUCGACCCGACCCCGUUCAGCCCGACACCGGAGAAGCUCAGCCCGCCGAACGACCCUUCCCUGCGCGGCUUCGAGCUGAUUGACGCGAUCAAGGACGCCGUCGAGGCGGCCUGCCCGGGCGUCGUCUCCUGCGCAGACAUCAUCGCCUUCGCGGCCCGUGACGCGUCCUGCAUCCUCAGCAGGGGCAAGGUAAACUUCGAAAUGCCGUCCGGCCGCCGUGACGGCACCUUCUCCAACGCCUCCGGGCCGCUCAAGUUCCUGGUCCCACCGGCGUCCAACCUCAGCGAACUCGUCGCUAGCUUCGUCGUCAAGGGCCUCAACACGGAGGACCUGGUCAUCCUCUCCGGCGCGCACACCAUCGGGCGCUCCCACUGCUCCUCCUUCGUCCCCGACCGCCUCAACGCCCCCUCCGACAUCAACGGCGGCCUCGCCGCGUUCCUGAGGAGGCAGUGCCCGGCCGACGCGACCCCGGGCGGCAACGACCCGACGGUGAUGCAGGACGUGGUGACGCCCAACAAGCUGGACAGGCAGUACUACAAGAACGUGUUGUCGCACACGGUGCUCUUCACCUCCGACGCGGCGCUCAUGACGUCGGAGGAGACGGCGAGAAUGGUGGUGGACAACGCCAACAUCCCCGGGUGGUGGGAGGACAGGUUCGAGAAGGCCAUGGUGAAGAUGGCCGGCAUCGAGGUCAAGUCCGGCUACCAGGGCCAGAUCAGGAAGAACUGCCGCGCAAUCAACUAGUACUGAGUGGAGUGGUACAGCUGCGCACGUACGUGUGCAUGCAUGGUGAAAGAUUACUCAGUCUCGAUUCAUUCUUUGCUCUAACCUGCAAGCGAGUUCAUGUUAUUGUAAAAUUUGGCAAUUCUUUCACUGCGCUUUUUUCUUAAUUGUGGUUUUCUCUUUGGUUAUUUCUUUGUUCAAUUCUCUCCGAGCUACGGAAUUCUUUGUGUAUAUGGGGUAGUACAUGUGUGACUGCAAAGCAAUGUUGUUAUAAUGUUCUGUAUUUGGAAUAAUAAAGUGAUGCAUGCAAUAAAAAAAA